UGCAGCCCCUCGCUGCGGCCAGCGCGGGCGCCCCGACGUCGGGCGAGGGCCCUUGGCAGAGUGCCGCGUGCAGGCUCGGCAGCCGGGCAGCGCUGCGAGAUGCCCCUGCACGUCAAGUGGCCGUUCCCCGCCGUGCCGCCGCUCGCCUGGACCCUGGCCAGCAGCGUCGUCAUGGGCCUGGUGGGCACCUACAGCUGCUUCUGGACCAGUGAGUGCGCCCGCAGCCUGGCCGGCCACGCGGGGUACAUGAACCGCCUGACGGUGCACAACAAGGAGGUGCUGUACGAGCUCAUCGAGAACCGGGGCCCGGCCACCCCGCUCAUCACCGUCUCCAACCACCAGUCCUGCAUGGACGACCCUCACCUCUGGGGGAUCCUGAAACUCCGCCACAUCUGGAACCUGAAGUUGAUGCGUUGGACCCCCGCGGCAGCAGACAUCUGCUUCACCAAGGAGCUGCACUCCCACUUCUUCAGCCUGGGCAAAUGUGUGCCGGUGUGCCGAGGAGACGGCGUCUAUCAGAAGGGAAUGGACUUCAUCCUGGAGAAGCUCAACCACGGGGACUGGGUGCACAUCUUCCCAGAAGGGAAGGUGAACAUGAGUUCAGAGUUCCUGCGCUUCAAGUGGGGGAUCGGGCGCCUGAUUGCUGAGUGUCACCUCAACCCUGUCAUCCUGCCGCUGUGGCACGUUGGAAUGAAUGACGUUCUCCCCAACAGCCCGCCCUACUUCCCUCGCUUUGGACAGAGGAUCACCGUGCUCAUCGGGAAGCCCUUCAGCGCCCUGCCUGUGCUUGAGCGGCUCCGUGCAGAGAACAAGUCUGCUGUGGAAAUGCGCAAAGCCCUGACCGACUUCAUCCAGGAGGAAUUCCAGCGGCUGAAGAGCCAGGCGGAGCAGUUGCACCACCACCUGCAGUCCGGGAGAUAGGCAGCAGGCCAGCCUGAGGCGCGGAGCCGCGGCUGUGGGACAGGACGGUUUUACACAGAUUAGUGGCUCACCCUUCACGGGUAGCCUAAUGGAUGAGCAUUCCUGCUCCCUGUGGCUCUGCAGUGGAAGGCAGGGCCCUGCCUGCCUGGGUCCAGGUUCUCUCCCUGGGGCUGGCAGCGCGAGCAGGUGGGGAAGGUGGCAGGUUCCGGCGGGCUGGGACCUGGCUUGCAUCUGCCCGUCCUGUCCAGAGCAGUGUAUCACUCAGGGAUGCCCACACCACGUCUUCACCUCAGGCAGGGCCUGGCCCCCUCGGCAGGCAGAACAGCGGCCCAGCCUGCAGCUACAGCAGGGUCAGAGUCCCUGACAACUCCCCCCUCCCCCGGCUGCUGGCCCUGGUUGGUGCCCACUGACUUCUGUGUCCUUCCCCCCUUACUGGUACUGGCAGCCCCUGGGGUCUGGGUUUUCAUGUUUUGUAAACAAUAAAGCAAUAGUGUGGUGCCA